GUCGAGGGGGGUGUUGCUAGUAAAGAUUCUGAUGUUCGCUCCGGAGCGCCGCUGCAGCCCGCGGCUUCAAAAGACUCUAUCCAGCAGCAGGUUCCAGUCUUGCUGGUCGCGUCGGCAACACAACGGACCGGUUUUGGCCCGUUGGGCCAGGACGCGGCGGACGAGGAGGAAGAAGAUUCGGGCGACACACUGGAGGGACUUGUCGAGGAGACCAGAGCGAUGACACUCGGGCCGGAAGGAAGUAGCAGUAGAGCUUCCACCAAGAAGAGUACGAAAGCUUCUAAACGCGGCCAGCAACCGUCGACUCCUGCUCGCACGGAGGACACCGCCAGCUCCGAGGACGAGGGCGCGGCUUUGGACAAGUUUUUGCAGGAAGAGUGGCAGCGGGAAGAGUAUACCCCGGCGGCGUGCAAGGAGUUGUUCCGGAAGCACGAAGACGAACAGGCGGCUCUUGAUCGUCGUACAGGACUAGUACCUUCUUCAACCUCCGCGGCGAUGAGAGCUGUCACGCGCGGGCGGCUGCACGUGGAGCUUGCCUUGGAUAUGUUGUAUCGACGUGGCAACCUCGUAAUGCGGGAGGUGGAAGCGGCGGUGGGGGACAACAAAAAGAUUUUUCUGAAAAUGAAAACCGCCCACUUCGUCUCGCUGGAGGUGAAAAAGAAGAUCGCAGGGGGUCGUGGCGCCGCGAUGGGAACUACAGAGGAACGGGAGGCGAACAAACGCCGCCUGCUGGUGGCGCAGGAGCAAGUCGCUGCUGCCAAGGCGGAGCUGCUGGCGAACACGGCCUGGACGGACCGGCUGCGGGCCCACCUCGCGUCGUUGGAAUCGGCCGGAAUGGCGCUCCUGGUGGUGUCCAGAUUGCGCACAGACUUUUCAAGAGCACGAUCUUCUGUACUCCAAGAGGACCCAGCUGCGGUGGGAAAUGAAGAGGUACUAGAAGACCCCCAUGGUCGUGUUUUAUCGCUAACCGAAGAAGAAAGAGCCGACAACGCUUUUGUCGUGGAGCUGGUGGAGCGCGCCCAGAAGGCAUUGGAAUUCGUGCCCCAGAUAGAGAAGAAAAAGAAGGACCGGAAGCGGAAAAAGGAUAAGGAACCUUACACGUAUACCGAGGAGAUGCAAGAUUUUUUAGCUUACAACUACGCCGAGAAGGAGAACCUACUUCCUAUGAACAAGCUAAUAGAUUGGGAAGAGGCGUACAGCAAAUUGCGUGCAAACGCGGCACAACCGAGGCAAAUUGAACACACUGCAGGCAGGAAGGCUGUGAAAGAUCGCCUUGAAGCUGGUUUCGCGAAAUUCGCAGCCAAAACCCAGAUGCAGUCCCCGAAAACGGUUUUGUCGCUGGUGGUCCUGAACACGAACUACCGCCCCGCCUGGGCGGUGCUGCGCGCGUUGGUCGCGCAUGUGUCCAUUCACGAGCGAAAAGUUUCUACGAACAUCAUCAUCGCAGGUCAGCCAGCGCCGGCGUCGGAAGGCGGAAGUACUUCCAAAAAGGGUAAAAAUAGGAAGCAGGGCCAAAAGAACCAAACGGACGCUCUGAUGAAAGUGGCUGCCUUACGCCUGCCCGCACAGGCGGCUGACAGUUGCGAGUUUCUACUCGACGAGGGGCGCGACCCGAAUUUUUUUGAAAACCUGAGGAGGCGGCAAGAAAUGGGAGCGGAUAAUGGUCGUGGCCGGUUCCAGCAGUUGUUUGAGCAAGCGGUGAACCGGCGGGCCCGGAGAGACUAUCCGUUGGAUUCACACGCGCUCAAAGGGCUGGAAGAACCUGUACGAAAAUCCUUUCUGCAGGAGCAGGCGGGCAGAUUGGGGGAAUUCAUGGGGCAAUGGACAGACGCGCAAAAAAUCAACUAUCUCGCCGAGGAGGACAUUGUCCAAGUUUCGAGCGACGGCACUGCCGCGGGAUUGAGCGGCCGACCCGGGCCGCACGGCCCGGGGCACAGUGAUAUUCACCACGGGCUCGGCUCCGCAGCGUACCUAACCGGGGGCGCGGUGCACUACAUCGAUGCGGUUGAAAAGAAACUCUUGGAAGGUAGUAGUACGCCUGUUGUGAAAACCACCUUUCUCUCGCCCCAUGGCGACUUUUUCCUUGGUUUGGUGCGGCAGAAAGUUCGCAGCGACGGGAAUUUGUCGAGUUUGCUGGAGGAGGCCGAGAACUGCGGAGACGAGACGCGCAAGCAGCACGAGUUUGACCUAAAAUAUGUCCGAACGCUGGCAUUUGAUCUUCAGUACCGAAGCAAGGGUCCCGCCUGGACCGGCCCCGAUCUGAAGACGCAGUACGGAAAGCAGACCCCAGCGCGGGGGGCGGUGGCGGUGCAAGACCACGUGCGGCCCUUCGACCACGCUCCGUUGCAGCAUUUGAUGCGCUCGUUUGCUAAGCUGGAGCACCAACUCACCUGGGAAUUCGCCUCCCUGGCAUCAAGACGGUUAGCAAGGACGUCGGCCACAACGCCCGAUUCGUUCCCGUUGAAGCGCGUCUGGUGGGAGCAUAGUUUUUUCUUUGCUGUGGUGGCCCGCACACUGACCGCGCACGCGCAGAGCUACUAUUACGACACGGCUUUCCAACUGGGACACCAGUACCACAGUCUGGCGUUUCAGUUUGAGAUCACGGCGAAGCUGCGAAACCAGAGACGAGUUGUGGUGCACGAGGGCAACAUCUCGAGCAGACUGCCCCCCUGGCUGCGAUAUCCACUGCAAAUUUUGUAUGUCUUGGUCUGGAAUAAAAGUCUUUCGGAGGUUCUUUGUCAUCCAGGUUUUGCAUGGCCCAGGAGCAGGUCCGCGAUAUAUAUUGCAGGGCCUGGCAUCACAAGUUUUGGGAGCAAGUCUGCUCGAUGCCCGUUCUGCACGAGAAACGUGGUCGCGUUUACGUGACCGAAAGUGACUCGCUUUUGCUGCUUCUGCAAAAGAACAGGUUUGUGUGUCCUCGUCGAUCAGACCUGGCAUCUUAUCUUCACCUUCCAGAACACCAAGACAUAGUUUUGCAAUGGAUACGCGAGAGAAGCGGGGCGCCGCGGCGUAUUGCGUGGAUUCGGCAGACCUAACGGAGUAUUCGAGGAAAUUGGAAGAGUAUGGGCUUCACGGAGGUCCUAGGGGACGAACUUAGAUUUUUGAUAACUUGUACACGUGUAUGAUAACUAAGAAUUUGCAGCUCGUCAAACCGAUACGGAUGUUCCAUUAUAUGCGCUGAAGAGUGAAUGCACUGGACGAACUAUCUGGUUGAAGAGAUUCAUCUUUUUGCCGGAGCUAUUCAAAUCAAAAAUAUCGACGUAAAACAUGCUCGACACGCAGCUGCGCGAGACAGUAUUUUGGCGUUUCGCUUAUUGUGGUCGCCCUUUUAAUUAUUUCCUCGUAAAAAGAGUAGAUCAUGCACUCACUCAUUCACUCACUCAUGAUUUAUUUCCUUUUCUUGUCCUGUACAAUGAAUUCCGCACUAUCGCUUCAACCAACUGAGGAGCACGCGACACUCUACAAACGUAGGAUUUUUUUCGGAAGAAUCUGAAGUAGCUUAUUUUUCAUCGUGCCGGAGAAUCAAGGAAAAUAAAGCACCUUCGAGGCUGAAUUUGAGGGUUUUUUCUCUACUCAUUGAUGUUUCUCCUGUUUGCCUAAUUUUCGAAUCGGCACAAAAAACUAUUUGAU